AUGGAUUUGCUUUUGGAAGAUGAUAUCCUAAAAAGUAUUUAUGACCAUCUUAAGAAUGGGGCGAAACCUUCCGAUUUACUGGAAAACCUUACGCACAUGUGGAUCAAUUUUCCUUCUUUGCUCAAUGAGUUUGGGGGUCUUUUGCAUGAUCAUGCAAGCGGUGUCGAACCAAUAGAAAAUUCGGAGUCAUCCUUAAAUCUCACCAAUAUUUUUACACUGGAAGAAGAACACAGAGGGGAAGCCGUUGCUGUAGAAAGCCCUUACCCUUUGUCAUUUUCCCAUGAAUUUUUUCUGUCCGCAUUUUCGCAGCAAAUCAGCUCAAGGUGUACAAACGCUAGCAUCAACGAUGAAAAGCUGCACAUCGACACCUUUUUCCUGCAAAACGGACCUUCCAGUGGAUUCAGUGAAGCCUUUUUUAAUGAUGGGCCCAUAAUUGCACGCAUGCUUUCUAAAGUCACCUCCAAGUUAGACCAGCAGCCUUUUUUAUAUAUCGACAUGCUUACGGAAUCAGUAAUCGAGAAUGCUAAAUGCUCCCAAAAGCUCCAACAUGAAAGCCCCGAAUGCUCUCCAAAAUUAACAAAUGGAAUUUCGGAAUGUCUUUCUGACGCUCCCUAUGGAUGCGAACACUUUCUACAAAUGCUCCUUGCGUGUGUGAAGGAUGGGUUUACAUUUGAGGCGCAUUGGGCAGAGACUUUGCUAGCACUGCUGGGGCGGCCAAUCAAGCUGGAGCGGUUUAUUUUGAUGCUAGUGCUAGUGUUUCAUCAAGAUGCACAUUUAAAAGUCGGCGGUGCUUUGCUGCAUUCAUUAUUGUCGCUUGUUGCAUCUAUGGACGCAGAAUUGCUUCGGAUUUACCUUCGCUUUCGGCUGCCUACUUCUGCACGUCUAUUGGAUGGCAUAAUGAGCCUUCUCACAAUGUCUCCCUUUUCGAAAGAAGCCCUUUUACAACCCGGGUCGGCCGCAAAGGACCAAUUGGCCGUAAAUAGCGCCUUUUCUUUGCACACUUUGACGCGGCCUUCAGAGUGGCUUGUGGAUUCAAUUUUCUGGCUCAUACUCUGCAACGAUCGGCACAGUUUUGAGAAAGGCUUAUCAUUACCACUUGGAAUCUCCCUGGGCCAUUGUUGCCACUAUGCUUCAUGGAUUCUGAGCCCAGGUGACAGGCUAAUGGAGUUUCCAACCCUAUCACGGGAUCUUCUUUAUAAGGUGUGGAGUACACCUAUUCUUCCAUUCUUUGUAAUCGAGCUUUUGCGGUCUAGUUGGCCGAACAACGGGCCAACUUCCACCGAUACAAUAGGGGUGCGCUACGAAUUCCUCAGCGUGCUCAUGGACUAUUUCCCUUCAAUGGAGACGCCGAUUCCUAAAAAAAGUCUCCUGAACUCCAAACGUUCAAAAGAUUCUUCGCUCUCCUCACUUCCGAUUGAAAUAUUGGAACAGCUUCUGAUGUCCAUCCCUAUUGCCACCGAUAUGGAACUCAUCGUGCUCUUUUGCUGGCUCAACCAUAGGAUUGGACAUCCGCUUAUUUCAUCCGUCACUUCCGAGCUUGUCCUUCUUGAGGGUAAAAUUGGUGUAUUUAUUGUAGAAUUAGCUAUAUGCCAUGGACCUGCUGUUGCCCUUCCUGUUCUUCUGUUCCUCUUUAUCCACUUGGAACGUUUUUUUAACGGCAAUAUCUCGAGAGGCCAUCAGGGGGCUGUCUAUGAAGCCUCACUGCAUACUCAAAGUGACCAGCCGUUUGUACAUGUACCAAAUAGUAGGUCUCUUUCAUCUGCACUCACUUUGCAGCUUGAGAGGGAAUUGUUUUCCUCAUUGAUCUUUGUUGACUAUCUCGUGGGCACGAUUGAUGAGCUCAAGUGUCAAACGUAUCCCAGAAUCACAAAGCUUCUCCGAGCAUCAUGCUGUGGUCUUUCUCAUGUUGAACAGUCCGAGAUGAUCCGCCAAAUCUACAGCGGCUAUGAGCUCACAAAAGCCCCGUUAGUACAAGGUGAACGGCCAUGUGGGGGUGACCAAAUCAGUGCACAUGCCGUUGACUCAGAGCCCCAAUUGACUUGGCUUGCCUCUGCAUUGCUUUUUCAUGCUUAG